AUGUGCGGAGACCACCCGUCGGUGACGAAGACGGAGCUGAACGCGCGCGAGCCGCGGCAGCCGGAUAAGGUCAAGGUCAGCGCGCCCCUCUCCCACCACAGGGUCACGCCAUCGAGGUCGCGCGCGGAGUGCCCUCAAGAGGCGCCGCCCCCCUCCUUCGCCGCCCCCGCGCCCCCCUCGGCCCCCUCGGCCCCCUUGCCGCAACGCGCAGACCCGCUGCCAGCCAGCCGCGCUCUCAUGCAAGCGGCGCUGGGCAGCUUCCGCUGGCCGCCGUACCUGGUGGGCGCGUGGGCGGCGCUGCUGCUGGCCGCGCACGCGCUGCACGCGCUGCUCGCCGCGCUCGACGCCGCGCUGCCGCCGCUCGGGAAGCUAUGCCACUACUUCCGCACAUGGACCGAGGAGUCGUGGAGGGCGCAGGAGGAGCUCGGCCGCAAAGUGGUGCCGCUGGCGCUGGGCGGCGCCACCGUCGCACUGUACACCCUGUACGGCGCACUGUACGCUGUGCACGCGGUGACGCUGUGGGCCAUCGAGCCACUGUGCGGCGAUCUGGAGGACCAGCCCAGCGCCGUGGAGGUGCCCAAGGUGACGGACUACUUGGAGGAAGGGCCGAGCAAGACCAAUUUCGGUCUCAAAUAC